CUGAUUCCGGCGUCGAGUCCGGCGAUCAGUUUUCGGCCCGCGUCCGGCGCCGCGCCCUAAAAUGCCCGACAAUGAGACCCUCUACUACAACGUCAUCGACGCCGCGCGACGUCCCGGUCCCUUCCCGGUCCGCGCCAUCCCCGUCCCUGUGGCGCCCCUCAAGAAGCGCAAGACCACCUUCCGCGAGUUCCUCCUGACCAUCGUCAUCCUCCUCACGUGCAUCGCCAGCCUGGGGAUCUGCGCCCAGCUCUACUGGGACGCCUACCUCCCGGUCCAGCGCCUCACCCAUGACGUCAGGAAGCUCAGCGAGGAGCUCAGGAGGGCCCAGCAGCGCUCCGAGGAGAAGAUCGCCGCCCUCCGCUCCGAGAUCCAGAGGUUAUCGAACAAUAACAAAGAGGAAGAGAUAGACGCUGAGUCAGAGGAGGUUGACCACAGCCUGCCCAUUGUGGAAGAGGACAGCAACUACAAUGACCCUGUGGACUACGAGAUUGAAGAAGUUGAGAAUACAACUCAAAAUGAUCAAAGAAUCCAGUUUCCAGAACAAUUGUUGCCUAAUUUUCCCCCAAAGACUCACAGGAUUGUUGAAGUUGAGGAACUUUCUAAUGAACGGAGACGUCGUUCAGCUCAAUCAACGAUGAGUAAAACAGAGAAACGGAGCCUGACUGGAAAUAAAAUGGACUCUGCAUGCGAGAAUAAAGAUUGUGAUGACUCCGAGAUGGUAACAAAAAUGAAACUUGCCAAAAAACAGGAAUUGGACGAUAGGAAGUUGACCAGUGACGAUUCAAAAGGAGAUGAAAUGAUGCCCCACAACUCAAAUGAGCAAGAAAACUCAACUCAUGAAAAUUCAGAGCAGAGCAUGAGCCCGCCGGUGAAGUUUACAAAAAGUAAGAAGGAGAAAGCAGGAAAGCGAAAACCAAAAGCUGAAAUUGAAGACGAAGAGCUUCAAGAGGAGCCCCCAAAGGUCGAUGAAUCUGUUCUGGCCGCACACUUUGGUGGUCAAACAUCCAAAUAUAUUCAUGGGAGGCAUGCACAUUAUCUAGGGAAUGGACACCUUUAUCAUCCAGGUGGUGUUUUUAGAGAUUGGGAGCCAAGUCCAUGGGUAAGGAGCUUAUCGAUGGACAAACAUUUCCACUUAAAAGACAAUGGAACGCUAAUGGUUACUAAACCUGGCCUUUACUUCGUAUACGCUCAGAUCUACUAUUCAAAUGCUCAUAGCCUGAGUAGCUACCGCAUGUACCGAAACAAUGAACCAGUACUCCAAUGCACAGUCGAGAUGCACAACAAACCGGAGAAAACAAGGAAUACAUGUUUUGCUGCAGGUCUAGUGUAUCUCAAUGCUCACGACCAGCUCUCACUGAGCGAAGUUGAAGGCGAAAGAGUAACUAUUUUCGAGAAAACAAAGAGUUUUUUUGGCUUGUUUAGCAUUAAUCAAAAUUAGCACUAUCAGCGAAAUUGAAAAAAAUUAUGCUACAUAUUUUUCAACAAAAAAAUGGAGGGCGUAAAACUUAAAUGGGCACAAUGAAAAAAAUUCACCGACACCUUAAAGUGUCAAAUCAUCUCUGCUUCUAUAUAGCUUACCUCAGAAAUUACCAAACCUAGAAUCAUUAAAAGCAAACAACUGACUGCAGAGUGAUGGAGAUUUGGUGACUUUCAUCUCCAGAUAAUCAGCGAAUUAUCUUUGGACGCUGUGACUACUGAAUCUCCGUAGUAAGAAAAGGCACAUGAGAAGACUUCAUCUGAGUGACCGUCCAGAAUUUGAAGACAGUCAUUUGUUGCUGUGUCCCAAAGACGGCAAGUGGUAUCUUGAGAUGCUGUUAGGACUAGACUACCGGCUGGAUGAAAGCAAACCUGUAGAAGAUUAAUAUAAGUUAAUCAGCGCGUCUCUAGUCAAAGUAAAAUUCUUAGAAGACUCAGAAAAAACAGGCAAGACACAGAUAUAGGCUAAAAGAGAGAACAAACAAUCUUAAAAAAUAAAUUAUUUGUUAGUUCAAUUUUUUUGGGCUACUUUCUCGUAUACAAUUGGAAUGGAUUCACUCCGAAUCAACCGUUUUAUCAGAUGUUCAUUUAAUUUCCUUUCAUUUUCACUUCUUCAACAAAUAAAAUUAAAAACAUCCUAACUUGAAAAUGUUGUGAGUUUAUUCUCGUUAAUUGAUGUUCUGAUAAUCACUGAAAGUUUCAAGGCAUUAUAUUAUUUAGAUAGAUUUUGAAUACCAAAAUAAAAUAUGUUCUUCAUAGUGAGACACAGUACUAAAAGGAUACGCUAUUGAGAAAAUUGUUUGUAAGACUUACCUUACCAUUUUUCCUGCUCUUUUAAUUUUUCUAAAGUUUUAAAAAAAUUGUGUACUUUGUUCAUUUCUGGUUUUUUCCCAUCUAAAGCGAUCAAAUAGGAUACCGACGCAGAUUUCAGCAGUCUCAUGAAACUGCAGUUAUUGUGAGACUACUCAUUGUGAAUUUCCAAAGAGCCAAAUUUUCCGUGAAACUAAUAUUACUAAUGUACAGGAUACGUACUGCACAUGGGGCAACCUGUCUAUUCAAAUGACAUGUGCAUCCAACUGCAAGGAACAUUGUUGGUGUUUUAUUGUUAUUUACUAUAUUUUUCUGGUCAUAACUAAUGUUGUAGAAAACGGCAGCUCUCUCUGACAGAAAAUUUUGGCAAAAUUCAGGUUUUUUUGUUCUCUGCGUAGAAAAAUUGUCAGAUUAAUCAGAAAAUUAGUUUCUUUCAAUAAAAAAUGAAUUAACUGGAAAAAUUGUAAAUAUUUUUCUCUACAUUUUUCACAUAAUCUUGUUGGCAAUUUAAUGUAAAAUAGCUGCAAAUUUCUAGGAAAAAUAGGCAUAACUUUCCUCAAAGAUACAUGUUAUAGUCCGGUAAAUUUGGCAACUCUUGCAUGUUCAUACGGCAUUCUUUCUUGGCCCAGCAGGAUAGAUAGUCAGUAAUAAAUAAAUAAAUUUUAUCUUAGCAAACUAAUAAAGCAACCUUUCCCAAA